AUGACUAUCUCUCCGAAGCAAAAUGGCGUCAGUCGCGACGUCCAGGAGGAGCUCUUCAAACAACGAGCUGAGAAACGCCGUCGGAAUGGCGGAGUGAGCCCCAUCCAGUUCCAACGCGCCCUGACUGUCGGCGACGACUGGAACUGUGUGUUCCUGACGCACCUAUCACAAGGAGUCACUAUGCACCCUGUCGACGUGCCGCCGAGCAACGUGCUCGAUCUCGGAUGCGGAAGCGGCAUGUGGGCCAUCGAGGCAGCGAAGCGUUGGACGUCCUGCAAUAUCGUCGGGUUCGACAUUCGGCCCAUACAGCCUGACCUCACCAUGAUGCAACUAGGCAUAGAGUGCCGAGAGCUCGCGAAUCGUAUCCAAUGGGUUCACGGUGACUUCUUGGAUCCCCUCCCGUUUGAAUCGGAGUAUUUCGAUUUGGUCAGAAUAUGCUGUGUUGGGUUAAGCGUGCCCGAAGACUCUUGGCAAGAUCUGCUAGAGGAAUGCGCACGAGUUCUGAGGCCGGGAGGGUGUAUCGAGAUAAUCGAGGAGGACCUCCUGUUCCCAGCAGGUCGUACGCGAAAGCCGGAUGCCGCUGCGCCCUCACCCGCAGGCAGCAUGCGCCGAGUUUCGGCGGAGCGGAUACGCAGCGAUUCAACGGCAAGCAGGCUGACGUCGCAAACGUCGCAAACAACACAAUCAACGCAGACGACAAACACUUCUUCGAGCUAUCUAUACACGACGGAACGCUCAUCGCAAGGGAGCAGCAGCCACGACUCCUUCCUCAGCUCCUCAUCACGCUCGCGCGCGGAUUCUUCCGCCCAUCUUUUCGCGCAAGACCACGCUAGGCUCAAAGAGGCAUGGGAGGAGAUGCUCAGCCAACGUUUCCUAACGCACAAGCUCCUCAACGUCCUCCCCUUUUACCUCUCCUCGUUCUUCACGAACGUCCACGUGCAUCCCACCAUGCACGUUGUCCUUCCGCCCCCCUCCACUCAGCGCGAGCGGAAAAAGGCCGAACCCGUCCUACGACCCGACGCACAAGAGCAGGAUAUCGCAGAAUGGGUGGAGGAUAUGCGCGCGCACGCGGUGCAGCUCUCGUCGAAUGGACCGAAGAAGUCGGACUCAGCCGCGCUGCGCGGGAGCAAACCAUCGGUUGCGACGAUCAGCCUCUGGGGCGCGCUCCACCUCGCGCGGCAGGUGCAUCUUGUGUCUGCGUGCAAGGAGGCGAUCUGGGAAGCGUAUUUCGCUUUGACGGGCGCGGCGAGGGACGCAUUCCUUCACCCGAACGACACGGUCAAGGAGCUCCCGAGGGAGGACCUCCGCGAGGAAUUCGAGCGCGAGUGGGCCGCUUGGGAAAGCGAUAUGAAGGACCGGAUUGGCAUGCGGGAGCACGUCCAGGAGGCGGUUACAUGGAGGGACCCUGAGACCCUGAGCCUUCGCAGCGGCUCAUGGCAUACCCCAUCGGAGAAGCGAAAGGGUCCGCAAAUUCAGGACCCUGACUGUGACAAGACGUCGCUCUGCAGGUCGAUGCGCGGGCUGAUCGCAUGGAAGCCGGCUGCAUAGAACCGCCCGCCCCUGGUAUUUUAUAGGACACGACCCUUUUACGAAAGUCUUCAUGCCCCCUACGACACAUGUUGUACUUUGUGCCAUAGACACCACAGCUUUACAGGAACUGGCAUCUAUCCGUGUUCUUGCAUACACCAGAUCUAUACCCGUAGCCAUUUACUUACGCGAAACAUUUUAUCCUGGGGAGUCGAGUACGGCUCCUUCGUACGUACUAGGCUACCAUGAAACGGUCCGGUGGAUUGUGAUAUUCGACGUCUGAACGAUCACCUUUACCCUACGCAUUGCGAGAGGUUUUUAUCCCACUCACACUCU